AUGAUUGAGCUCUGCUCUCGUCGCCGAAUGAUUGCAGCUAUUAUUGUACUCGUUUGUGUGAGCAUCAUCAUUGUGCUGUUGGAGAACAUCUUAACCCCGGACGGUGUGCACGGUCGGCGCGUAGCUGUCAGCUCAGAGGCUCCCCCGCCGCCUGCGCACAACCUGUCCUCGGCCCUGCCGGCGACAGCGCUGCCAGAGUCUGCGCCCAGCCAGCGGCACUGCUGGGAGAGUCAGACGUUCACAGUCGCUCGCCCCUGCCGCCGGUGUACGGGAUUUGAGAAGGCUAGUGGAAGCGUCCCCGAAUGCGCGCAUAGCGAUUACAUCGAGCUGCUCAACUGUGAGAAGGACGGAAAGGUGUACAGAGGGUGUGGCGGCGCGCGGGACCGGGGUCAGCGCCAGUUCUGGCUGCUCGAGCUCAUCUCACUGUGCUCGGCGCUGGUGUCGGGCGGAGCGGUGAUCGUCCGGCAGCGGCAGCUGGAGCGCACCGCCCUCGGCAAGAUCCAGCGUCAGCUGGCCGCUCAGGUGUAG